CGCCAAUUAAUAUACGAGCUGCAGCAUGCUAUACUACCAACCCUCUACGCCUGAGAUGGUGGAAGCGGUGCAGUCUCUCCAACCUUACCAAGGACCAUCGGAACAGAUUUGUCGAGUUUCUUGGGUCAUGGCCCGAGAUAGGGCCAAUGAACCCCGACACGAAACACAACCCCUCCGCUCCCUACGUGCCGCUCCUGCACUAGGUAGCGAAGUAUUUUUGUCUGUUCCUGAAUAUCUGCCAUGCGCCUGUGUGCCAGGCUUUCAUGCAGGCGCUUCGUCAGGAGCGUUAAAGAAAGAAACGAUUGGCGUGUUUCCGGGGGUUGAACGUAGGGCGCCAGGACAGCAUUCUUGCAUCAGCAAGGACUCCAGCCCAUUUGGUGUGCUGGAUGAGAGGGGGACUCGACGCAUCUCGGAUGCUUCUACUGACUCGGUUACGUCGCGUGUUUCUCGGACGCAUCUCGCAACUCAGCCAAGCAGAUCAACCCCGGUAAACAAAGGGAGAGGCCUUCAAGACAAGGCCAAUGUGGCCGCCCUGGAUUUCGGACCCUGGGCAGCGCGGGGGAUCAACAAGUGAGCAGCU